GCCUGAACGUGAAACAACUGAGCUUAAAUCUUGGACAAGAUGACAGUGCACGUCCUUUAGGUUUAACUAAAAGUACAGUGCACGUCCUUAACGUUUAAAAGUUGCACUGCAAAUCCUUUAACUUUAUUUUCGUUGCAUUGCAAGUCCUUUAUGGCAAAAGGUGUUAACUUUUACCAUUAAAUACCCCACGUGCCUCCCACGUGAGGGGUAGAUCCGUCCUUUCCCUUCAUUAUUCCCCUUUAAAACCCAGUCUUCAACAUUUAAGUUCAUCCCCUUCCUCUCUGUAUUAACCCUAACACCAAUUAUUCCCAGAAUCGUUCCCCUUCCUUCAACAUUUCACUUCAAACGAUGGAUCCCGAUCCUGUAGUGGAGCCUGGUGGUGCAUUUCAUAUACGAGGCGAAGAUGAGGAUUUUGACGAUAAUCUCCUAGAUUUGUAUCCUGAACUCUUUUCUAUAGUAUUGAAUCACGGGGGUUACUUCACAAACUAUCCAGGUCGUGAUUACGUGAAUGGAAAGCAAAGUAAUAUAGAUCUUUUGACUGUUGAAAGGUUCAGUAAUCACGAAUUGCAGCUGAUUAGGAGGGAGUUAGGUUACGAAGAUGAAAUUCCGACAUUUUUCCAUUUCAGAAAACUAGGUUCUAUUGAUUUAGGGAUACAAGAACUUCUUCACUUUGUUAAAAAUAACAUAAGGAUUAUUGAUGUGUACCUUGAGCAUGGCAACACAAAUAUCCAUCCUUUUCCUGGCACACAAUCAAGUGUGGUUAUUAAUAGUGAUCAAAGUGGGCAGGAAGAUGAAGACAGUGAUGGAGAUGAGGUCAUUGAUCAAAGUGGGUAGGAAGAUGAAGAUGAAGACAAUGAUUAUAUUGUAGAUUUGGAUAAUCAGAUGGAAGAGAAUGAGGUUGAUAUGAGAGAUUUUGAGUUUCUUGUUGAGCAAGAGGAUGAUCCAGUGCAGAUUGAGUCAAAUCUGGAUUUAGAUGUGCUAGAUAAUGAAAACUUUGAUAGUGCAAGUGAUGAUGACAAUAUUGGGAGUAUUAGGAGCAGGACAUUAAAAUCACUAAUAAAAGCUCAUGGAAAAGCUUCCGGUUUCCAUGUAGGUCAACAAUUUGCAAACAAGUAGGAGCUAAGGGCAUUUUUAAGGAAGUAUACAGUGGAAUCAAGAAGGCUAUUGAAAACAGUUAAAGAUGAUAAGGAGAGGUUGAGGGUUGUAUGUGAUGGUGAUGUGCCUGGUUUUCAAAAAAUUAAGGUUGAGAAACCUAAAAGAAUUAGGAAAAAGAAGUGUGAGGCCCAUGUGGAUGGUGGACCAUCAAGUCAAAAAGGUCAACAGGUUGUUGCUGAUGUGGAAGGUGCAAGUACCAGUCCAAAAGGCAAAAGGACUAAAUCUAAAGCAGCAAGAUUACACAUUUGCAAAGUUGAGGUACCAAAAAAGAAAAACAUUGGUGGGAGGGGCUACAAGACAAAUCCAAAAGAAUAUGCUUGUCCUUUUGUUUUGUUGGUAUCCAAAAAUAUGAAGCAUCUACUAGUGGGACUGGGGUGAAGAAGGGUAAAACUAGAAAGGCUAACAAGGAUGCUGCAGGAAAGAAGGCUGUUGCUGCAAGUGUUGGAAAGAAGGCUGUUGCUGCAAGUGGGAAGGGUCGGAAGGCUGUCGGAAAGAAGGCUGU